AAAUAGCAGAUCAGCGCAGUGUGUGACUGUCCGCCGUGAGAGAUGGGAGACCUCCAGUCCUUGCGAGUCUUUAUCAACUGUCUGGAUCAGCAGUCUCUGCCCCGCGUCCUACAGGUCUGCUCUGGGGUUUAUUUCCAGGGGUCCGUAUAUGAGCUUUCGGGAAGUGAAGUGUGUUUAUCUACUGGAGAUUUGGCGAAGAUCAUUGGCUUACAGCUCCUGUCUGUAUCUUGUGAGGAGAUUGACACUGGAGCUUCAUAUGAAUUGCCUACUGACUAUUCAGGCCAAUUCAGACUCGUCGCUGAGGAACUCCCGUACAAUACAAUAGAGGAAAUUGUGGGUCUGUGUCCUGUUGGAGUGGACGCCUGUGGCUCCUUCAUCUUCACAAGCAGCGAGGAGUUGACUAUAGACAACUUCACAGUCCCUGCAGGAACAAAGUUGACCCUGGUUUCAGUGGAGGCCGCUGACGAUGGAGAAAGUCUUGCACGGUGUCAUGUGGUGGGGCAGAACAAGGCGUCUGCAGAGAUACUCCUUCCUCUAUCCCUCAAAGGAGAGUUUUAUGAGUACGAAAGUGACCGGGGUUUCACUCUACAGGAAAUCAUGUCAUCAGCCAGGCUGAGCUGCCGCCGCUUCCGCAGCACAAAUAUGAAGAACUGUGGCGCCUUGAUGGUUUUCAGCCCGGUGUAUGAAAUUAGCGCCAUUAUGCAUAUGAGGAAGAACGUGGUCAAGUUCCCCUCCAGCCUGGAGGUGGAUGUCCAGGACGUGACAGAAGAGUUCCAGGAUUUAGUGUUCAUAACUCCUCUAUCACUGACUGAAGUUGCAAGUCAGUCAAAGGAGUCCUUCCCCACUAUGGCAGAGAUCCUUGAUAGCCCAGAAGGCGAUCAGUUUUUUAAUAGCAGCUGGUUCAAAGAACUGCAAAGUGGAAGGCAACUCGUGUUGCAUGAGUGUGGCCACACAACAUUUAUAUUAGCCUCGACUCCAAAGGGAAAGAAGGGAAAACAGUACUACUUCAUCUCAGAGAGGUAUGGUGGACGAAUGAGAAGAAGGGCCCGGGAAUUCGGAUCAGUGUACGAGCUAUACUUGGGAUCCUCUCAGUCUCCAGGUUUGAAGGUUAGUGUGACUAGGCACUGCGAGGCGGAAGAGGAAGAGGGAAUUCCUGCGCUCAGCGUUGGCGAGCAGCUAGAAGUGUUAAGGUUGGAUAGGCCCAAGGAUAAAUCUGGAGCUGCUCAGAAAGCAGAAAGUCUAAUUUGUAAACGUACUAUGGAAGUGGAUGACGAGGAUGAUGAAGAAGAUGAGGAAGACGACAGUGAGGAACUCUCUCUGCCACUGUUUAUGGCAGGUCACUUUGUGGAAAAGCUUUCAGACAACAAGAAGUAUAAGCUAACUGAUUUAAUGAGCAGCUCUUUUCCUCUGGAUGUCAAAGUGGUGACUCGGGAUAAAGACCUAGAAAAAGAUCCCCUAAUGGGGUUAACAGCACUUAAGCUUGAGGAGACUUUCACAGAGACCAUAGUAUUGGCAAGCCUAUCCAAUAAACCAGAUUGGUGUUUUGAGUUGCCAGUAAAUUGGUUAAAAAUGUCUCUCUGUUUCACCUCUGAUCAUCUGCCGUGGUCCAGUGAUGAACCCCCAGACCUUCAUAUAGAGACGGUCACUGAGGUGACAGAGAAAUUCUACUAUGAAUAUCACAAACGCAUAAGCAAAACUGAGGAACCCCCUCCUCGUCCACCAAAGCGGAAACCAUCCAAUCCAAAAGCACCUAAGAAGCCCCCCAAGUGUAAAAAUAUAUUACCAAAAGUAAGGAGCAAUGUGACCGAACAACUGGACGACCUCUCGCUUCAUCAGACAAAGGGUAAACGGGCCCCUGCACCACCUCCGCCAGAUGAUAAUCCAGACCAGCCCCCUCCACUCUUGCCUAGGAAAAGCAUAUCAAUAGCAGAGAGCGUCAGCAUGCCCAAUAUGUACGUGACAGGUCCCACGAACGCACGAAAUGCAGCAAGGAGACUCUCUGACUCUGACCACGACUACGAGUCUAUCGAGGACACAUUUAAAAAUCCCCAUGAAAGCAUUUUCUAUUAGAACAAGGACACUUUGUAUUCAUGUUAAAUGAAAACAGCUACUGUGUCUUCAUAACAAGAAGUGUAAAAACUCAAAGAAAUCAUACAAAGCACCAGCCAAUAUGGAGACUCCACAGCACAAAUAUGAAAUACUUUUCUAUGCAUCUAAAUACUCAAAGUUGUGCCAAUGCAAGCUUUAAGAAAUAUACACUUUAAUGUAAAUUAGGCAAUGUCGUUUGUACUGCUUAUUCCUUAGUACAUGCUGAAAUGUAAAGAACAGAAUUAAGUUUGUAAAUGUGUAUGCUUUUAAUAAAAAAAUACCAAAAA